CGGGAAAGCCGUCUCCAUCGGCAGGAGGAGGGACAUGGGCAGGGUGACUAAACUUCUUGUAAAAGGGGGUGGAGAAGGGAAAGGGAGGGACAAGAAGGGGGGGAAGCCUGCAUGUCAGGGCUGAGGAAAUGCUGUGGGAACUGCAGCCAGGCACUUUUUUUUAUCCUCCUUCUUCUUCUCUCUUCUCCCCUCGUGUAGCUGAGAGGAAGGAAAGGAAGAAAGAGAAGUAACCGGCUCAGAUGUGCCUCGCUCUGCUGCUGGGGCGCCGGGGCUUGGCUGGAAGGAUCUAGUUUCUCUUCUGUGGCAGGAAAAGGAGCCACAGGAGGAGGCAGAGACGGACACCCAGACAUGCCCGUCCCGGCAGGCCGCUGGCUCCUUCUCCUGUGCCUCGCUGCUGCUGGCAAGCAGCUGUCACUACAAAUUACUCCGCUGUGUGAAAGCGAACAACACUAUGAAUACUCUGGACGGUGCUGCACAAAGUGUGAGCCAGGAAAGUAUAUGUCUGCCAGAUGCACUGAGACUUCUGAUAGUGUGUGCACGCCAUGUGGCCCAAAUGAGUACAUGGAUGUCUGGAACGAAGAAGAUAAAUGCUUACUACAUAAAAUAUGUGAUCAAGGGAAAGCCUUGAGAGAAGUGAACCCAGGAAACAGCACUUUCCAGAGGCAGUGUGCUUGUACAGUGGGUUACCACUGGAAUGAAGACUGUGACUGCUGUCAGCGAAAUACCAUAUGUGCUCCAGGAUUUGGAGUCAAGCAUCCUGUGCAACAAGACCAGGACACAAUGUGUAUACCAUGUCCCAGAGGUUACUUCUCAAAGGUCGCUUCAUCUACUGACGAGUGUAAAUCCUGGACCAACUGUACAGCUCUAGGAAUGACAGAAGACAUGCCUGGGACUGAGAAGUCAGAUGUAGUUUGUGCAGAAUGGAAGGUGCCAGAGCCAUCAGAAGAUGGAGCAAACCAGAUCUUAUACGUGUUGAUUGUCGUCUCGUUUUUUGUGGCACUAAUUGGCAUUGUCAUCUUCAUUGUAUACUACAAAAAUAAGGGAAAAAAGCUGACAGCAGAUCUACAGAAUUGGGCUAGCGAAGUGUGCAGCCAAAUAAAAGGCACAAAGGAGACCCCCAGAGAUACAUCUGUUACCAUGAACAUCGUGAAUGUUGUUGUCCCCCAGACCUCGGAAGGCAUGUGCCUCCUGGAUCCCGCUGGCUCUCCUGCCCCUGGAAACGCAUGUUGCAUCAGUGGACAUUCUCCUUGCAGGAAGGGGAGCCCCAGCAUGGCACCGUGCGAGGUGGGAGGGAGCCUACAAGGGUUUUCUGUGGUAACUGAGACUGAUGAUGACCAUUUCCCACCAGUUCCCACAGAAGAUGAAUACAUGGAUAAGGAUCUCGGUACUGCUGAUUAUUUGUCCUUACCGAGCAGGACUGCCAGUAAAACCGUGUCAUCAUUUUCUGAACCGAUGGAGGCAGGGGAGAACGACAGUUUAAAUCAGUACUUUUCAGGGAUUGGGAGCACAGAGGACGUAUCAGUCUCUCAAGGCUUUCACCCUUUCACAGAUGGGGCACACACUGCCACGGACAAACUUCUUCAGAAAUCUUGCCAACAUGCCCACAGUUGCCCAAAGGAAAUUGGCAACAAAGACACAGAUCAUUGUGCAACAAACUCUAACUCAGAGAAGAUCUGCGUGAGGUGUGGCAUUUCGUACAGGGAAUCUCCCAGAAAGUGGAGCAAAUCCUGUUGUGCUGCAGCUGACAGUGACUCCACCUCCCCAGAAACUGGAUCCUAUGCACAGUGCACCUGUGGCUUGAAUUUUCUCUCUGCUGGUCAGAGCACGCUAGCAAAUGACCAUGGUAUGGAAGAUGCAUCUUCAGAUAGUACCAACAUGAAGUACCAGAACACAAGCAGAAGCACUUCAGGGACAAACAAAAGCACUUCAGGGACAAACAGCAGCACUUCAGACCUCCCUCCAGUAUCUGGAAACGUGACUGGAAACAGUAACUCCACCUUUAUCUCAAGCGGACAAGUAAUGAAUUUCAAGGGCGACAUCAUUGUUGUCUACCUUAGCCAGAACUCCCAGGAGGGCGCAGCGGCCUCGGGGCCAAGCGAGGAGAACGUGGGCAGCCCGGUGCAGGAGGAGAACCUCAGCCGCUGCGAGACGUUUGCCGGCAAUGCCCAGCACUACAAGGAGAAGUGUGCGGAGCUGCAGCAGGGAUCCUGCCCAUCCGCGGCGAGCGGGGGGCCACGGUGGCUUGCGGGUUCCCUGCCCCAGGAGCAGAGCCCAUCCUGCUGCAACCAGGCCUUGCGGCCAGUGCAGGAGGAGGGCAAGCUGGGACACUUCUCGGAGAAGGUGUUGAACUGAGGCCAACCGGCAAGGGGUGGUGGGGCUGCCAUGGGGCUGCUGAAAUCCCAGGUGUCACAACAGGUAUGGAGACUGUUGCUGCCCAUGGGGUAUCCCAGGAAGUCUUACAGCUGGAAAGGACGCUUGUGGCACAAGUGCCAGCACUGGUGCUCUUGCUGAGGAGGUUACUGGUAGGGACAGGCACACAUGUGAAGCAGGCACACUGCCCUCGUUGCAGAAGCAGCAGCAGGGCUUUCUCCUCUCCCUCACAAGGUGGUUGGCUCCCACUGGACCCCACUCCCUGGCACCUCUCUACAGCAAGCAGCAAAGGAGAAUUGAUCCUUGUAGCCCAGGGUGUGGUGAGGAGGAAAAUGUUGCUGGCCGGGCACGUGGGGUGCUCCCGGAAAAGGGAUAACAUGGUGGAGGAUGCACUGAAAGGGGCCCUGAGCUCUGCCAUGGGUGUUUCUUUUUGCAAGUAAGCUGCACCCAUUCUGCCGGGUCUUGGGCCUCCUCAAUGCCUCUGUGGUAGAAGGAAGUGGCAGCCACCUCUGCUGCUGAGCAUAGUGACACUGGCAACCUUUGCCUCCCUGCAGAGAUCAGGCAGGUGCUGUCAUCCCUUCCCAUCUUUCCCUGAGGAAGCAGAUGUUCCAGUCUCAAAACAGGGCCAGAGCCAAGAUCCUGGCCUGCCUCUUACUACCUUGUGUGUAAGCAUAGGUGUAAUGCUGCCCCACAAGCACUAUGACAGGCAGAACAGCUGGUAUGCCUUAGAAGCAUAUUAGAUAAAUCCUGAGCAAAGAUCAUUUAUAGUUUUGGAGCCUGAUUCACCUCUGCAUUGCACCUCACCAGAGGAAUCCACAUCCCUGAAGAUGAGAGUGACGAGUGCCUGGCAUGCUGCUGCAUGAAUAAUGUCACUGAAGUUUAAGACACAGAGCUGCUAGCAGGUGGAGGAAGGGUCUGUGAUAACCAGCUGUGGUCAUUUCCUGAGUGACAGGAGAGGGAAGGAUUACCUAGCGAUGGAGAGUUUGAUCAGGGUCAAACACACAUGCCUUCAUCUGCCCAAACAAUUCUGUCAUUCCCUCUGACAUUUUCAUUAGCAAGCAGAGCUCUACUUAGGUAGCAUGAAGUUAUUUCCAGAGCUCAGCCUGCCUGAGCUGAAAUCAGACUGUAGCCACUGUCACAAUGAGAGCUGAUAAGCAAUGGGGCCAAAGGUUCAGAUUUAAAGAAUAAUAGUAGUAGUAGUAGUUGGAAGGGAGUCUUAGCUACUCAACUGGCCUUGGUUCAGGUCCCGUAUCCUGCAGCCUCCUCCAGCAGCCACUGUGGGGAGAAAGGUGAAGGGAACAGAGUCUUAAGGAACUUCCAAGAGGAAAAGAUAGUAUUUUUAAUGAUUUCCUGACAAGGGGUAAUUCUCUGACAUUCUCCUGCACAAGUGAGCACUGCAGGAGGCUAUCUUCAGUUUGAGCCUUCCGGAGGGUCAGUGCUGUGUUUCUUGCCAGACAGUAAAGGGAUCUCUUACCUAGUGUGAUGAAAGAGGUCUCUGGUAGGGAGGGCUCCUCCCUGAGGAAGUUUUAAAGCUGAGGGGUUCACUGUGUAGCUGCUCUGUUUGCAAUAGUAUUUCUCUGCAGGUGAAGAACACCUGUAAAGCUGACAAGCUGACACUGUGUCAU